AAAUGGAAAAUGAAUCGAAGUUCGAUGCCUCUUUGUCAGGCCAGGAAUUUCAAGCGCAUAGUUCCAGUUCUAGUGGCACCCGUAAUUUGAAUUUGUCAUAUGGACAGGCAUUUUCAGCGGACGCGUUCGAUUCAAUAAACCAGAACGUACUGAUACCAAACGUGAAUGAAAAUGUUAAUCGGGCCGUAUUGAACGAGAAUCCAGAUGGGACCGUUAAUGGACAGCAAGGGCCAAUGGAUCGAAAUAUUACAAUGUCAUUGGAACGUCCAACAAUUUCAACCAUCCCUACACCACCACGCCAACGAAGAAGACUUGAUUCUUCUUCUGGAUCAGAAUUAUCCGUUUCGUCCGAUGGAUUUGGAGAAGCAAGGCGCGCUCGGAAUGUCAUCCAAGCGGACAUCAAGGACGAGCUUGAUUACUUUCGAAAAGCUGCUAGAGACAUGGAAAAACUCCCACAGGCGUCGGACGAAUUGGAAAGACUGUACCGACAGUUAUUUGACCUACGGCAAACAGUAUUUCUUGAUUUGACGCAAAAACUCAUUGCCAAUUCGCGCAAUCGUACACAAAUUUGAAUAAUUUGAUUAAUUAAUUUGAAAAAUCGUGUAUCGCGUGUGUGUCUGAACGGAUGAUAAAAAAACUUGCAUUUUCUUUUAAAUACCGCAGUUUUUAAUUAAAUACCAAAUUAGCUAAUUACCUGAAUCAAAUGCCUUGAGAAGGCUUACAAACGGUAUUCGUAUCGCCAUGCAAUCAUUAAAUCUAUGACUUCGUCGUGACUUUGUCGUUGCAGAAUAUAUUUUCGAGAAAUCAAAUCUAAGACUUCCUUAGUUUGCGUGGAGCUGACGCCCCUUCAAAAGGCGCUGUACAAAAGCUUCAUUGCAUCGGAUUCGAUAAAGAA